GUUGCGUCUACUUCAUUCUCUCCCUCUCUUUUCUCGGUGGAAGAAUCUCAGUAUUUUGCAUAGAGAGAGAGAGAGAGAGAGAGAAGAGAGAGAAACGACUUAGUAUCGGAAGGAGGGACAAUGAGGCCUCAGAUCGUGUUGUUUGGGGAUUCAAUAACAGAGCAGUCCUUCAAACCGGGUGGUUGGGGUGCUUUUCUUGCUGAAACCUACUCUCGGAAGGCUGAUGUAUUAGUUCGUGGUUAUGGUGGGUACAAUACCAGAUGGGCUUUGUUCUUGUUGCACCACCUUUUUCCACUGGACUCUACAAAGCCUCCUGCUGUUACCACAAUUUUCUUUGGAGCUAACGACGCUGCUAUCUUAGGGAGAACAAGCGAACGACAACAUGUUCCUGCUGAAGAGUACAAGGAGAAUCUUAGAAAGAUGGUUCUUCAUUUGAAGGAACGCUCUCACACCAUGCUGGUUGUGCUUAUUAGUCCACCACCUGUGGAUGAGGAAGGGCGUAAUGAAUAUGCACGAUCUUUAUAUGGUGAAAACACCAGAGAACUGCCAGAGAGGACAAAUGAAGCAGCCGGAGUUCAUGCUAAGAAGUGCAUUGAACUAGCUAAGGAAAUGAGCGUGCCUUUUGUUGAUCUAUGGUCCAAGAUGCAGGAGACAGAAGGUUGGCAGAAGAAAUUCCUAAGUGAUGGUCUGCACCUGACACCAGAGGGCAAUGCUGUGGUCCACCAAGAACUCGUCAAAGUUCUUAAUGAUUCAUGGUUUUCUGCUGAAGAAAUGCCUUCUGAUUUCCCUCACCACUCGGUAAUUGACGGGAAGAACCCUGAGAAAGCUUUCCAGCAACAGUGCAUAUAAAAUUUUCUAUUUUACCCGAAUACAUCUCAAAUCUGUUUCUAGUGUGGUCAAAUUCUUGGAUUCCAAGAUUUUUUACUCUUCGGGCCCUUUAAGAAGUACUGCUGUCUUUCUAUACUGUAUACCGUAUUUCUCAAGCUGCUGUUGCCUUUGUAUAAAAUUUUAGUAUAAAUGGCAAACAUUGUAUACAUGAUUCAAUCAGCUUCUGGAAAUGAAUUCUGUUCUUGGAUAUAUAUAUAUAUAUAUAUAUAUAUUUUUUU